AUGCCACACAUCCCCGCCCCAUUCUCCCGCUUUCCAUCACCCCGCCCCAUUGUCCCUCUUUCCAUCACCCCGCCCCAUUCUCCCGCUUUCCAUCACCCCGCCCCAUUCUCCCGCUUUCCAUCACCCGGCCCAUUCUCCCGCUUUCCAUCACCCCGCCCCAUUCUCCCGCUUUCCAUCACUCCGCCCCGUUCUCCCGCUUUCCAUCACCCGGCCCAUUCUCCCUCUUUCCAUCACCCCGCCCCAUUCUCCCGCUUUCCAUCACCCCGCCCCGUUCUCCCGCUUUCCAGCACCUUGCCCCAUUCUCCCGCUUUCCAUCACCCCGCCCCAUUCUCCCGCUUUCCAUUACCCCGACCGCUUCUCCCGCUUUCCAUCACCCCGCCCCAUUCUCCCGCUUUCCAGCACCCCACCCCAUUCUCCCGCUUUCCAUCACCCCGCCCCAUUCUCCCGCUUUCCAGCACCCCGCCCCAUUCUCCCGCUUUCCAUCACCCCGCCAGAUUAUCCCGCUUUCCAUCACCCCGCCCCAUUCUCCCGCUUUCCAUCACCCCGCCCCAUUCUCCCGCUUUCCAUCACCCCGCCCCAUUCUCCCUCUUUCCAGCACCCCGCCCCAUUCUCCCGCUUUCCAUCACCCGCCCCAUUCUCCCACUUUCCAUCACCCCGCCCCAUUCUCCUGCUUUCCAGCACCCCGCCCCAUUCUCCCGCUUUCCAUCAACCCGCCCGAUUCUCCCGCUUUCCAUCAUCUCGCCCCAUUCUCCCGCUUUCCAUCACCCCGCCAGAUUAUCCCGCUUUCCAUCACCCCGCCCCAUUCUCCCGCUUUCCAUCAUCCCGCCCCAUUCUCCCGCUUUCCAUCACCCCGCCAGAUUAUCCCGCUUUCCAUCACCCUGCCCCAUUCUCCCGCUUUCCAUCACCCCGCCCCAUUCUCCCGCUUUCCAUCACCCCGCCCCGUUCUCCCUCUUUCCAGCACCCUGCCCCAUUCUACCGCUUUCCAUCACCCGCCCCAUUCUCCGGCUUUCCAUCACCCCACCCCAUUCUCCCUCUUUCCAUCACCCCGCCCCAUUCUCCCGCUUUCCAUCUCUCCGCCCCAUUCUCCCGGUUUCCAUCACCCCGCCCCAUUCUUCCUCUUUCCAUCAGCCCGCCCCAUUCUCCCGCUUUCCAUCACCCCGCCCCAUUGUCCCUCUUUCCAUCACCCCGCCCCAUUCUCCCGCUUUCCAUCACCCCGCCCCAUUCUUCCUCUUUCCUGUUAUAGUCACACCCGCCCCAUUCUCCCGCUUUCCAUCACCCCGCCCCAUUGUCCCUCUUUCCAUAACCCCGCCCCAUUCUCCCGCUUUCCAUCACCCCACCCCAUUCUCCCGCUUUCCAUCACUCUGCCCCGUUCUCCCGCUUUCCAUCACCCGGCCCAUUCUCCCUCUUUCCAUCACCCCGCCCCAUUCUCCCGCUUUCCAUCACCCCGCCCCGUUCUCCCGCUUUCCAGCACCUCGCCCCAUUCUCCCGCUUUCCAUCACCCCGCCCCAUUCUCCCGCUUUCCAUUACCCCGACCGCUUCUCCCGCUUUCCAUCACCCCACCCCAUUCUCCCGCUUUCCACCACCCCACCCCAUUCUCCCGCUUUCCAUCACCCCGUCCCAUUCUCCCGCUUUCCAGCACCCCGCCCCAUUCUCUCGCUUUCCAUCACCCCACCCGAUUAUCCCGCUUUCCAUCACCCCGCCCCAUUCUCCCGCUUUCCAUCACCCCGCCCCGUUCUCCCGCUUUCCAUCACCCCGCCCCAUUCUCCCUCUUUCCAGCACCCCGCCCCAUUCUCCCGCUUUCCAUCACCCGCCCCAUUCUCCCGCUUUCCAUCACCCCGCCCCAUUCUCCUGCUUUCCAGCACCCCGCCCCAUUCUCCCGCUUUCCAUCAACCCGCCCGAUUCUCCCGCUUUCCAUCAUCCCGCCCCAUUCUCCCGCUUUCCAUCACCCCGCCCCAUUCUACCGCUUUCCAUCACCCACUCCAUUCUCCGGCUUUCCAUCACCCCGCCCCAUUCUCCCUCUUUCCAUCACCCCGCCCCAUUCUCCCGCUUUCCAUCUCUCCGCCCCAUUCUCCCGCUUUCCAUUACCCCGCCCCAUUCUUCCUCUUUCCAUCAGCCCACCCCAUUCUCCCGCUUUCCAUCACCCCGCCCCAUUGUCCCUCUUUCCAUAUCCCCGCCCCAUUCUCCCGCUUUCCAUCACCCCGCCCCAUUCUCCUGCUUUCCAUCACCCAGCCCCAUUCUCCCGCUUUCCUUCACCCCGCCCCAUUCUCCCGCUUUCCAGCACCCCGCCCCAUUCUCCCGCUUUCCAUCACCCCGCCCCAUUCUCCCGCUUUCCAGCACCCCGCCCCAUUCUCCCGCUUUCCAUCACCUCUCCCCAUUCUCCCGCUUUCCAGCACCCCACCCCAUUCUCCCGCUUUCCAUCACCCCGCCCCAUUCUCCCGCUUUCCAGCACCCCGCCCCAUUCUCCCGCUUUCCAUCACCCCGCCAGACUAUCCCGCUUUCCAUCACCCCGCCCCAUUCUCCCGCUUUCCAUCACCCCGCCCCAUUCUCCCGCUUUCCAUCACCCCGCCCCAUUCUCCCUCUUUCCAGCACCCCGCCCCAUUCUCCCGCUUUCCAUCACCCGCCCCAUUCUCCUGCUUUCUAUCACCCCGCCCCAUUCUCCUGCUUUCCAGCACCCCGCCCCAUUCUCCCGCUUUCCAUCAACCCGCCCGAUUCUCCCGCUUUCCAUCAUCCCGCCCCAUUCUCCCGCUUUCCAUCACCCCGCCAGAUUAUCCCGCUUUCCAUCACCCCGCCCCAUUCUCCCGCUUUCCAUCAUCCCGCCCCAUUCUCCCGCUUUCCAUCACCCCGCCAGAUUAUCCCGCUUUCCAUCACCCUGCCCCAUUCUCCCGCUUUCCAUCACCCCGCCCCAUUCUCCCGCUUUCCAUCACCCCGCCCCAUUCUCCCUCUUUCCAGCACCCUGCCCCAUUCUACCGCUUUCCAUCACCCGCCCCAUUCUCCGGCUUUCCAUCACCCCACCCCAUUCUCCCUCUUUCCAUCACCCCGCCCCAUUCUCCCGCUUUCCAUCUCUCCGCCCCAUUCUCCCGGUUUCCAUCACCCCGCCCCAUUCUUCCUCUUUCCAUCAGCCCGCCCCAUUCUCCCGCUUUCCAUCACCCCGCCCCAUUGUCCCUCUUUCCAUCACCCCGCCCCAUUCUCCCGCUUUCCAUCACCCCGCCCCAUUCUUCCUCUUUCCUGUUAUAG